UGCCUCGUCUAGCGCGAGAGGAAUCGGCUCGAGCUCCUACAAAGGAGUGAUCGACUAGUGUACUGUAUCAGUUCACACGCGCGCGCACACACACACACACACACACACACUGGAUCUCUGCUCUCCGGAUCAUUUCAGGGGGUGCAGGCAGUGUCACCAGAUAAACUUCAUAUGGACAGCUGCCGAUGACAGAACUGUACGUACGGCAAUGGGAGUGUGAACCAGUCGGAACAAGGCUAGAGACAACAUGGCUGCCCAUCGCAUUCGAGUGACCAAUAACAACAGUGUCCUCCCGCGAUGCAAGUCAGAAGGCACCCUGAUCGACCUCAGUGAGGACGUGUCCGAGGCCAGUCUUACGGAAGUCAAAGUGCCUUCUCCGAGUGCCUUGCGUUUGGACACCACUGCAUCUUUUGGGACCGCACAGGAAGUAGUCGCCAUCAGGGACUACUGCCCAUCCAGCUUCACCACGUUAAAGUUCUCUAAAGGAGAUCGCCUGUAUGUGUUGGACACCUCCGGGGGAGACUGGUGGUAUGCUCACAACAAUACAGAGAUGGGAUACAUUCCCUCGUCAUACGUCCAACCUGUUUGCUAUCGGGACUCCUAUCUCAGCGACAGUGGCAUGGUCGAUAACCUAGGCGACUCCUCAGACGAGGGUGUGAAGGAGUUAGACCUGCUGGGAGAGUGGACUGGAAUGUCCCUGAAGCUCCCUCCAGCUUAUAACAGCAAAAACAACCCCUUUUUGACAAAUCCGUUUCUCAACGGGACUGUGCAGAACCAGCUUCAAGACCAGAACACCAACCAACACAACAGCAUUGACUUGCUUCUCUUUGAUUCGCUGACUCCAUCUGCUCCUGUCUCCACGACCAGCAGCAACAGCACUAGUAAUGGAUAUGGCAGCAGCAUCUUUGAUGGCACGCCCACCAGCCCUAACGUCGAAACUUUGCAAGUAUUCCGAAAGGACAACCCGUUCUUCCGGAGUAAAAGAUCCUAUAGUUUGUCCGAGUUAUCAGUCCUACAGUCUCAGUCAACUACGCCUUUGCCACCGUCCGAAUUCUUUACAGGUCUUAAGGCGCCUUCUCCCGAGCAGUUUAAGAGCAGAGAGGACUUUAGGACAGCUUGGUUGAAUCAUAGAAAGUUAGCACGCUCCUGCCAUGACCUCGAUUCCUUGGGACAGAAUCCAGGCUGGGGCCAAACACAACCAGUUGAGACGAACAUUGUUUGUAAGCUGGACAGUUGUGGUGGGGCAGUUCAAUUGCCGGACACUAGCAUCAGUAUUCACGUUCCUGAGGGUCAUGUCGGAGGAGACACACAACAAAUCUCCAUGAAGGCUUUACUGGAUCCUCCACUGGAACUAAACAAUGAUAGGUGUACUACAGUCAGCCCGGUAGUGGAGAUCAAACUGAGCAACAUGGAGAUAAAAUCAUUCAUAACCUUGGAGAUGAAGGUAUCUGUAGAGGUGAAGAAAGAGAGCAGGCAAAUGACGAAGGUUGUCUGCGUGAGGAGCGACAGUAAAGACGGUCCAUACGUCCCAGUUCCUCAGGCUUACAUAUAUGGUGACACAGUUCAGGUUCAGCUGGACAGCCUUGAGCCGUGUAUGUAUGUUGCAGUUGUGGUCCAGUCCCACAACAUUUCCUUUAAUUUAACAGUCUGGGAUCAAGUGGUGAAGAAAGUCACUUUGGGUUUAUACGGGCCCAAGCACAUUCAUCCCUCCUUUAAGACAGUGGUGGCUGUUUUUGGACAUGACUGCGCUCCGAAGACACUGCUCGUCACUGAAGUUGGGAAACAAGCUCAAUCGGCACCACCAGUCGCACUUCAGCUGUGGGGAAAGCACCAGUUUGUCCUCAACCGGCCUCAAGACCUUCAAAUAGGCAUGUACUCUAAUAUGAGCAACUACGAGGUGAAAACAAACGACCAGGCCAGAAUGGUCCGGGGCUUUCAGGUAAAGCUCGGCAAGGUGAGUCGGCUCAUAUACGUCAUCAGUUCUCGAAAUCCUCAAGAGCUGUCCGACUUUACCUUACGCGUUCAGGUAAAGGACGAUCAGGAUUGCAUUCUCGCUCAGUUCUGCGUCCAGACGCCACAGCCACCUCCUAAAACUGGAAUCAAAGCCAAUGGGCAGCGGAGGUUCCUGAAGAAGAAGGAAGUGGGGAAAAUCCUGCUGUCCCCUUUGGCCAUCACAACCAAAUACCCACAGUUUCAAGAUCGCUGCGUCACCAACUUAAAGUUUGGUAAAAUGAUCAAGACAGUGAUUAGGCAAACAAAGAACCAAUACUUGCUGGAAUAUAAGAAGGGCGACGUCAUUGCCUUGCUGAGCGAGGAGAAGAUCAAAUUGAAAGGACAAUUGUGGACCAAAGAGUGGUAUAUUGGUUACUAUCAGGGAAAGACCGGACUCGUCCACGUGAAAAACUUGCUCGUCUUGGGAAAAGUGAAGCCGAUCUACUUUUGCGGGCCAGACCUCACGACCGCAAUGCUGCUGGAGCAAAUUCUCAAACCCUGCAAGUUUCUUACCUACAUUUAUGCCUCAGUGAGGACCGUACUAAUGGAGAACUUGGGAAACUGGAGGGCGUUUGCGGAUGCCCUGGGUUACGAUAAUUUGCCCUUGACUUACUUCUGCAGGGCAGAUUUGGAUAGUGAACCUGAGAGGGUGGCUUCGGUUCUGGAGAAACUCAAAGAGGACUGCAACAACAUGGAAAUGAAGGAGAAGAAAUCUUUUCAGAAGGAGCUCAUGAUGGCUCUGUUAAAGAUGGACUGUCAGGGUCUGGUGGUGCGUCUCCUGCUGGACUUCGUCCUCCUGACGACGGCGGUGGAAGUGGCUCCUCGCUGGAGGGAACUGGCCGAGAAACUCGCUCACGUCUCCAAACAGCAGAUGGACGACUACGAAGCUCCACAUAGAGACCGCAAUGGCGUGAUGGACGCUGAAGCCAUGUGGAAGCCGGCGUACGACUUCCUGCUGACGUGGGCAGCUCAGAUUGGAGACAGCUACCGCGACGUGAUCCAGGAGCUGCAGCUGGGCCUGGACCGCAUGAAGAACCCCAUCACCAAGCGCUGGAAACAUCUCACGGGCACGCUCAUCCUCGUCAACUGCCUCGACAUGCUGCGGAGCUCCGCCUUCAGCCCCGCCUCUCACGACGACUUCGCCAUCUAAACUCCGCGCAUCGUCGCGCACGUUUUUUUACCUCAGAAUCAUCUGUGACACGUCCUUCCUCACAGUUUGACUUUUGACCUCUUUGAGUCUCUGGAAGCCAAAACACUCGCGUCGCGUCACUUUCCCAUUCCGCAUGUUUUUAUGUCGCCGCCUUUCUUUUUCCUUCUUUUUUUUAUAUAUAUGAUUUUUAGACUAAAUUAUUUUUCUUUCAGUAGAAGAUAAAAAAGCGUAAUGUGUACUAACGUGGCUUUAUUUCCACAUUUUCUUUCCACCUGAUGGACAAUCAGUGAACCAAAAUAUAGAACGUUUGCAGUAGCAAAGUCACUAAGAUUGCGCUAGCUGUGAAUUAGCAUUAGCGAACCGUCCGGACACGCUGUACGUGUGUUACCUGUUUUUUUCCCUCACCUUUCUGAGCGCGAUCAGUUCGAUUGUUGGAAUUGAUGUUAAAUCCUGUUUGUUUGUCUGUUUUUCUUUGUCAGUGAGAAUGAGGUUAAUGUUACUAUCUACUGCUUUCUAAAUCCAGUGAGACUCCCGUGAGACAACAGUCUGGGCUACAGCGCUAAUGCUAAAGUUCUUUUGAGCUACUUUCAAGGGUAGAUGUUCAGUGAUGUUCUCUUCGCUGUAUGGUUUUUGUCUUCGGAUAUGAACUCCUAAAAAAAACCUUAGUGGUUAGCAUUAGCUGUGUAAGACUCGUUAGCAAUGUGGAUUUCUUCCAACUUUCCAUUUUCCGUAUUUUUUUUUUUUUAGAUUUCGUCAUCCUGAACCGAGAAAAAGGAAAAUGUUCAUUUCAAACAUCGAGUUUUUUAAUAGUAUUAAAUGAGAGAAGGGGCAUGGCUUGAGAUUUCCAAAUGCUGAUUGGCUCGUCUCCUGUUUUAUCGGAGGUCUGCUAGUUAUUUUUUUCCCGAUAACCCGUACCAGUGUACUCAGAUGUUAAACUGCAAAGCUAUGCAGAAUGCACUAUGGGAGGCUAAUCCAAUCUAAUCCAAUCCAGUCUAAUCAGAGUAAACUGAUGAUCGUUGGAUAAUAUCACGUAGAGACGACUUAUUCAAUCACAAAAUUGUACUGCUAGCUAAUACUAGCUAAAUAUCUCUGAAGAAGUGCAUUAUGGGUAACACACGCUCACACUCAUCCGAUUAAACCCCGAGUCACUCCAGGAUCAUAAUCGUGCGAUGUAGCUGCAGCCUGAAGUAAACUGUAAUGAAGUGAUUUAGUUGCCAAAUAGUGAUCCAUGUAAAGUGUUAUGGUGCAGUAUUAUUCACGAACCCGCUCUCCUUCUCUUCUCUUAUAUUGCUUUGUUACUUUUCUCUCUUUUUUGUAUGUUUCUAUUUAAAUCUGAUUGCUAGCUGCGCCCCCGAGCGUCUUCACGUGAACCCGUGACGUGUUGUUUUUAGCGUGUAGCGUCCGUCUCCGCGCGAGUCAUACCGAGACUGUGUGUGUUUCUGUGCAUUGAUCUCCUCCGUCCAUCUUCUCACCGCUGUCACAUGGGAAAUUGUAGCCACGUGUAAUAGUUCCAGCUACAUGUGUAAAGGAUGUGUGUGUGUGUGUGUGUGUGUGUGUGUGUGUGUGUGUGUGUGUGUGGGUGUGUGAGGAAUCGAAUGUGCUGUACUUUUUGUUUGAAUCGGGUCAAUAAAUACGCCAUCAGUUUGGAAA